UCCAGCAGGGACUCUGAGAAAGGUGGGAAUCACAGAACGCAGGAGGGAACUCUUUCGCUCUUUCAUUUUCCCUGUCAAACAGCAAAGAUGGAGGGGCAAGAUCGCUCAGCCGGUUAAGGCACUUGCCACCAAGCUUUACAAACUCCACCAGAGUUCCAUUCCGCGAACCACAAGGGUAGAAGCAUGGAACAGGCUGCCCCAAGUUGCCUUUUAAGCAUUACACGUGUCUCGUGGAAUCCACGCAUCCGCGGCGCACACCCCUAAUACAAAUUGGCUACGUUUCUAGAAGGAAGGACAGCGCUCUCUGCUCUUUGAUCCUGGAACCUAGCCCACAGGAUGACAGUUGGUCGAGUUCUAUAUAAAUGAAAGGAGCUGCAGAGAGCCGCCCUCUCCUGUCUGGGGCUGAGUAGAGGCCGCUACUUGUCCCUUCUGCUGCUGCUGCUGCUGCUGCUGUUGCAGCUGCUGUUAGCUUCUUCGUCGGGCUUUGCGUGGAGUCAGCCCUUCCCAGCAGAACUGAAAUGUCAUUUUAAACAGAAGACUCUGUGCUCUUUGUGCUCUGGAGAUGGGCAAUUCCUAUGCUGGACAGCUAAAGAGCACACGGUUUGAAGAGGUCCUCCACAACUCCAUCGAGGCUUCCUUGCGCUCCAACACCCUGGUGCCCCGGCCCAUCUUCUCGCAGCUGUAUCUGGAGGCUGAGCAGCAGUUGUCAUCGUUAGAAGGCAGCAGCCGAGCGGACAAUGAGGAAGAAGAAGAAGAUGGAGAAGGAGGGUUAGAACCCAGCAGUCCCCCGAAUGCCUACCAGCUGCCCCCUCCUCCUGAAGGAUGUUGCACCACAGAUGGCUUCUGUCAGGCUGGGAAGGACCUACGUCUUGUCUCCAUUUCCAAUGAGCCCAUUGAAGUCCCUGCAGGCUUCCUCCUGGUGGGUGCCAAGUCUCCCAGCCUGCCGGACCACCUCCUGGUGUGUGCAGUGGACAAGAGGUUCUUGCCCGAUGACAAUGGUCACAAUGCCCUGCUCGGUUUCUCUGGGAACUGUGUUGGCUGUGGGAAGAAAGGCUUCUGCUACUUCACCGAAUUCUCCAACCACAUCAACCUGAAGCUGACCACGCAGCCCAAGAAACAGAAGCACCUCAAGUACUAUCUGGUCCGAAAUGCACAAGGGGCACUGACCAAAGGACCUUUGAUUUGCUGGAAAGGCUCUGAGUUCAGAGGUCGGCAGAACUCCACUAACACCUGCUCCAGUUCUCUCUUCCCACCAUUGGAGAGCUCGGGGUCCCUGGCUGCCUUCCCCGCUGAGCCUGUUCCUGGGACAAACCCCAGUGUCCCAGUGGGAGCUCAACAGGCAGGACCAGCCUCUGAUCACCCCUCAGUGACCACAGCAACAGGCCCCGCUGUCUUCAAUGGCAAGGAUUCCCCCAAGCACCCACAGCUGGUGAAGAGUAGCCUGUCUGCCCUGCCACGCCCCUCAGCCUUAGGUAUCUUGCCAAACUCUGGGCCGCCCAAAAAACGGCACAAAGGGUGGUCUCCAGAGUCUAAAUCAACCACGGAUGGCGGCUUCAUUCAGGGUGGUGGCAACAGAGCUAAGCAUGAAGGUACCAGCAUACCUUGUGUGCCCCAGGCUGGCUUGGUGGGACCAGCUUCAGUCACCUUCCCGGUGGUGGCCUCUGGUGAACCAGUGUCUGUUCCGGACAACUUGUUAAAAAUAUGCAAGGCCAAGCCAGUGAUAUUUAAAGGCCAUGGGAACUUCCCCUACCUCUGCGGAAACCUAAAUGAUGUGGUCGUCAGCCCCCUACUGUACACCUGCUACCAGAACUCACAGUCACUUGCCAGGGCCUAUGAGCAACACGGUGCCUCCACCAUGCAGCCCAUAUCUGAGGAGACACAGCUGUUGCUGACCGUCUACUACCUCGUCCAACUGGCUGCUGACCAGGUGCCACUGAUGGAGGACCUGGAGCAGAUCUUCCUUCGCUCCUGGCGUGAAUCACACCUGACAGAGAUAAGGCAGUACCAGCAGGCACCUCCACAGCCUUUCCCGCCAGCCACCAGCACAGCAGCGCCUGUGACUUCUGCACAGCUUCCCUGGCUAGCUGGCCUGGCCGCCAGCUCCUGUAAUGACAGUGUGCAUGUUAUUGAAUGUGCUUACUCCCUGGCCGAGGGCCUCUCUGAGAUGUUCCGGUUGCUCAUCGAGGGGAAACUCUCCAAGACCAACUAUGUGGUCAUCAUCUGUGCCUGCCGGAAUGCCGCCAUUGACUCCUGCAUUGCUGUCACAGGGAAAUACCAGGCCCGGAUUCUCUCUGAGAGUCUCCUCAGUCCUGCAGAGUACCAGAGAGAAGUCCACUAUGAGCUGGUCACUGGCAAAGUGGACUCGCUGGGGGCCUUUUUUAGCAGCCUCUGCCCAGAGGGUGACAUUGACAUUUUGCUGGACAAAUUUCACCAGGAAAAUCAAGGCCAUGUCUCUUCCUCAUUCACCACUUCCUCUACCAAGAAAACAGCUGUGCUGGAUGCCAGUGGGGUUCCGGUAUGCACAAGUUACCAUCAGGAGCCACGGGGCAUCCGGCCCUUUCAGCUGGCGGUAGCGCAGAAGCUCCUCUCCCACGUGUGCUCAAUCGCAGAUUCCAGCACCCAGAAUCUGGACUUGGGGUCCUUUGAGAAGGUGGACUUUCUCAUUUGCAUUCCACCAUCAGAGGUGACCUACCAGCAGACCGUGUUCCACGUCUGGCAUUCAGGGGUUCUGCUGGAGCUGGGCCUGGAGAAAGAGCCUGUGACCAAGCAGAGGGCGGAGCAACACGUUCUGAAACUAGACUCGGAGGCCCAGGCAAGAUUUAAGGCCUUUCUGCAAAACUCCUUCCAGAACCCACAUACGCUUUUUGUCCUCAUCCACGACCACGCCCACUGGGAUCUAGUGAGCAGUGCUGUGCAUAACAUCUACUCUCAAAGUGACCCAUCUGUGGGGUUAGUGGAUAGACUGCUCAACUGCAGGGAGGUGAAAGAGGCACCCAACAUUGUGACCCUCCAUGUGACCUCUUUCCCAUAUGCGCUGCAGACUCAGCACACCCUCAUCAGCCCCUACAAUGAGAUCCACUGGCCCAUCUCCUACAGUAAUGGAGUGGAUCUGUACCAUGAAAAUAAGAAGUACUUCGGGCUGUCUGAGUUUAUUGACUCCACCCUGUCAGGACACAGUCUUCCUCUGCUUCGCUAUGACAGUUCCUUUGAGGCCAUGGUCACUGCAUUGGGGAAAAGGUUCCCCCGCCUGCAUAGCGCGGUGAUCAGGACCUUUGUUCUUGUGCAGCACUAUGCAGCAGCCAUGAUGGCUGUGAGUGGCCUCCCGCAGAUGAAGAACCAUACAUCAGUGGAGACCCUAGAGAUCACCCAGAACCUCCUCAACUCCCCGAAGCAGUGCCCCUGUGGCCACGGGCUCAUGGUCCUGCUGCGUGUGCCCUGUUCACCCCUGGCAGCUGUGGCCUAUGAGCGACUGGCCCAUGUGCGGGCUCGGUUGGCUCUGGAGGAACACUUUGAGAUCAUCCUGGGCCACCCCAGCUCUGGCAUCACUGUGGGCAAGCACUUUGUGAAGCAGCUCAAGAUGUGGCAGAAAAUUGAGGAUGCGGAAUGGAGGCCUCAGACUUACUUAGAGUUGGAGGGCCUGCCCUGCAUCCUGAUCUUCAGUGGGAUGGACCCUCACGGGGAGUCAUUGCCACGGUCUCUGAGGUACUGUGACCUGCGCCUAAUAAAUUCCUCUUGCCUGGUAAGGACAGCCCUGGAGCAGGAACUGGGUCUGGCUGCCUACUUUGUUAGCAAUGAUAUCCCCUUGGAGAAGGGGCCCAAGAACGAGGCCUUGGAGAGUGAUGGGGAGAAGCUGAGCAGCACAGAUGAAGAUGAGGAGGCGGGGACAGAAGGGUGUUUUGAAGCAGGCUCUACCUCAGAGCAGAGGGGCCCUGUGAAGAGGGAACGCUCCCACUCCCAUGACUCUGCAUCUUCGUCCCUCUCCUCCAAAGCAUCUGGCUCGGUGCUUUAUGGUGAGUCCCUGGCUCAGCCCUCAGGACCUCCUCAGGGAGAGCUUGCCAGAUCACCUCCACCCUGUGGCCCUGCAGAGGAGGGCAGGGCCCCUGGGGAGAUACAGCGGCUCCGAGUAAGUCAGGGACCUACAGUCAUCAGUAGGCACAGUCCUGGCCUGGUCCCACAGCCCGAUUCUAGUCUCAGGACUGGCCGGAGGAGCCUGCAGGUGCCAGCUGCCCCAUCCUCCCAGCUGUCCUCCUCCUCCUCCUCGGGCUCAUCAUCUACGUGUGCAGUGCCCACUGCCAAUGUCCUGGUCUUUCAAGCCUCGCAGUGCUCCAUGGCCAAAGCCUGCCGGCAGCCACCCAUUGUCUUCCUGCCUAAGCUUGUGUACGAUAUGCUCCUGUCCACCGACAGCAGUGGCUUGCCCAAGUCUGCCUCCCUCCUGCCUUCCCCUUCCGUUAUGUGGACCAGCUCCUUCCGCCCCCUGCUCAGCAAGAUGAUGACAUCAACUGAACAGUCUCUCUACUACCGGCAGUGGACAGUGCCCCGGCCCAGCCACAUGGACUAUGGCAACAGAGCUGAGGGCCGUGUGGACAGCUUCCACCCCCGCAGGCUGCUGCUCAGUGGACCACCUCAGAUCGGGAAGACAGGUGCCUACCUGCAGUUCCUUAGUAUCUUGUCCAGGAUGCUAAUUCGGCUGACAGAGGUGGAUGUGUACGACGAAGAAGAGAUCAAUACCAGCUUCCAAGAGGAAUUGGAUCGGCAUUACCUCCAGCUCAAUGACCCCUGGCCAGACCUGGAGCUCUUCCAGAAGAUGCCUUUUGAUUACAUCAUUCAUGACCCAAAGUAUGAGGAUGCCAGUCUGAUUUGUUCACACCAUCAAAGCAUCAAGAGUGAAGACAGAGGGAUGGCCAGGAAGGCCGAGGACCUGUAUGUGCGGCGUCAGACGGCACGUAUGAGACUGUCCAAGUAUGCAGCAUAUAACACGUACCACCAUUGUGAGCAGUGCCAGCAGUACAUGGGCUUCCACCCCCACUACCAGCUCUCUGAGUCCACCCUGCACGUCUUUGCCUUCUCUUGCUCCAUGCUAGGAGAGGAGAUCCAGCUCCACUUCAUCAUCCCCAAGUCCAAGGAGUACCACUUUGUCUUCAGCCAACCCGGAGGCCAGCUGGAGAGCAUGCGCUUGCCCCUCGUCACAGACAAGAGUCAUGAACACAUUAAAAGCCCAACCUUCACGCCGACAACGGGCCGACACGAGCACGGGCUGUUUAAUUUGUACCAUGCGAUGGAUGGAGCCAACCACCUACACGUGCUGGUGGUCAAGGAGUACGAAAUGGCCAUUUAUAAGAAAUAUUGGCCCAACCACAUCAUGCUUGUCCUCCCAAGUGUCUUUAACAGUGCUGGAGUUGGGGCUGCCCACUUCCUGAUCAAAGAGCUGUGUUACCACAACCUGGAGCUGGAGAGGAACCGACAGGAGGAGCUGGGGGUCAAGCCUCAGGACAUCUGGCCCUUCAUUGUCAUUUCUGAUGACUCCUGUGUGAUGUGGAAUGUAGCAGAUGUGGACUGUGCUGGAGAACGGAGCAGGGAGUUUUCCUGGUCGGAGAGGAAUGUCUCUCUGAAACACAUCAUGCAGCACAUUGAGGCGUCCCCUAACAUCACACACUAUGCCCUGAUCGGCAUGCGGAAGUGGGCCAGCAAGACCCGGGGCUGUGAGGUGCAGGAGCCCUUUUCCCGAUGCCACGUGCAUGACUUCAUCAUCCUCAACGUAGACUUGACUCAGAAUGUACAGUACAACCAGAACCGGUUUACAUGUGACGACGUAGACUUCAACCUUCGUGUGCACAGUGCUGGCCUCCUGCUCUGCCGGUUCAAUCGCUUUAGUGUCAUGAAGAAGCAGAUCGCGGUGGGCGGGCACAGGUCCUUCCACAUCACAUCCAAGGUGUCUGACAGCUCUGUGGCCAUCGUGCCUUCCCAGUACAUCUGUGCCCCAGACAGUAAGCAUACGUUCCUGGCAGCUCCCGCCCAGCUCCUGCUGGAGAAGUUCCUCCAGUACCAUAGCCACCGCUUCUUCCCGCUGUCUCUGAGGAACCACAGCCACCCCGUGUUGUCUGUAGACUGCUACCUUAACCUGGGACCUCAGAUUUCCGUUUGCUAUGUGAGCUCCAGGCCCCACUCCUUAAACGUCAACUGCUCUGACAUGGUGUUCAGCGGGCUCCUGCUGUACCUCUGCGACUCUUUUGUGGGGGCUGGCUUCCUGAAGAAGUUCCACUUUCUGAAAGGAGCCACCUUGUGUGUGAUCUGCCAAGACCGGAACUCACUUCGCCAGACGGUGGUCCGCCUGGAGCUGGAAGAUGAGUGGCAAUUCCGGCUGCGGGAUGAGUUCCAGACAGCCAAUGCCAAGGAAGACAGGCCGCUCUUUUUCCUCACUGCACGGCACAUCUGAGAGACAGGACCCUGGCAGAGCUCCUGAGAGUGUGAGGUCAUCAGGACCCAUCUGCCACUGAGGCUAGUGAAGGUCCCAGACCAAGGGGCAUAAGAACUCCAGCACACCCAGAGAUGGUCAUGCACAGCCUCUUGAGAUGCAUGUCACAGUGUCCUGGGGCAGAUAAUGACUUAGAGCCACAGACAUGAGUCCUGGAUAGGCAGGACUGAAAACCAAAGACUUCUUACUGUGUUCUGGGCCGGAUCACAUGUCCUGAGAUAUCUUGAAGUCCGUUAUAUGCAGAAUGAAGUUUGGCUAAGUCUGCUGUUGUUCAUAUGCUUCCAUGGACAAAUCUGACUUGCUCUAGAGAACCUUGGGUUAUCAUGUCACGGUGCCUGUGACUAUGAUUUCAUGGACUAGGUUUCCUAUGGCUCCCUACAGAGCAUUAUUCCAAAGGAACAUUUUAACUGUAAAGGCUGGAGACAAGAAAACAAAAGAGUAGAUCAUUUUAAUAAGAAUUAUUUAAUCACCUACAAGUUUUCUCUGCAGGAGCUAGCCCAAAGGCAUCAAAUUUAAUAUGAUAAAAUGAAUUGCUUUACCUUAGAAACAAUGUGACUAUAUUAAAAUAGCAUGGGGUAAGUACCCUACCUCUUAUAAAGGGCAAAGUGGAAAAGACGUUUUCUUACAAACCAAAGGGCUUUAGGGAGGAAAUUAGGGUUAUAGCUAAGGCCUGCCUUCCAAAGGAAAGAGGACCAAACUGCUUACGUGAUAAAAAAGAAGAAAAACCAAAGUGAUACUGGGGACAGUUGGGCUGGAGCAAUGGCUCAGCUGUGUAAGUGUGUGCAGCUCAAUCCUGGGGACUGUAAGUGUGUACAGUUCAAUCCUGAGGACUGUAAGUGUGUGCAGUUCAACCCUGAGGACUGUAAGUGUGUGCAGUUCAACCCUGAGGACUGUAAGUGUGUGCAGUUCAAUCCUGAGGACUGUAAGUGUGUGCAGCUCAAUCCUGAGGACUGUAAGUGUGUGCAGUUCAAUCCUGGGGACUGUAAGUGUGUGCAGUUCAAUCCUGAGGACUGUAAGUGUGUGCAGUUCAAUCCUGAGGACUGUAGGUGUGUGCAGCUCAAUCCUGGGGACUGUAAGUGUGUGCAGCUCAAUCCUGAGGACUGUAAGUGUGUGCAGCUCAAUCCUGGGGACUGUAAGUGUGUGCAGUUCAACCCUGAGGACUGUAAGUGUGUGCAGCUCAAUCCUGGGGACUGUAAGUGUGUGCAGUUCAAUCCUGAGGACUGUAAGUGUGGGCAGUUCAACCCUGAGGACUGUAAGUGUAUGCAGUUCAAUCCUGAGGACUGUAAGUGUGUGCAGUUCAACCCUGAGGACUGUAAGUGUGUGCAGUUCAAUCCUGAGGACUGUAAGUGUGGGCAGUUCAAUCCUGAGGACUGGAAUUUGGACCCCACCACACACAUAACAAGCCGCAUAUUCUGCAAAAGCCUGUACUUCCAGCCCAGAGAGAUUUGAUGCUUUUCUUCUGUCCUCAGUGUAUGCUCAGACACAUGUGCACACACGUGUGUGCACACACACAAAAUCUUAUAAAACAAAAAACCAACAAAACAGUUAAGAACCAGAUUUAUAAUUUAUUGCAGUUCACUUUUCAGUGAGACCAACUUGUGUUUUCUUAUUCAUCUUAGUUCAUUUAGGGAUAGUCUGGGCUUUCCAGAAUAUGUAGAAUCAGAGAGAAACAAGCGGUUAUGUCUUAGUUAGCACAAUGGUGUUUAAAUCAACACUCUAGCAUGCUACCUGUCAGCCUGUUGGUGUCUGGUUUUCGAGAAUCCUUGAAUGACUCUUCUCGUUUGAAAGAUGAACAGAUUAGAACGCAGAGUACAGACUAUGGGAUGAAGCAGAAACACAAUUCAAACCACUGUCUUCUGUACCUCACAGUCCAGCUCCAUCCCAGACCACAGUGUGUCAGGAGCUGAGGGAAACAUUGAGAAGCUAAUCAGGACACAGUCCCCUGUGCACACUUAGACAUGGUUCAGCACUGUGCAUGGGAAUAGUUCAAGGAGAAACCUGUCCAAGUUAAUGCCAAAGAUUUACUGCCAACCUUUUUCCCCAAGGAAAAAAAAUAUACGAAAGUAUAAAACAUUUACAUCAAUGUUUAUAAAACAAUCAUUUGUGAAUGUCAUGAUGCUGUUUUGUAACAAAGACUGAACUCCUCUAGCUCAGUCUGUCUUCUGUAAAUAGCAGUUCCUAUGCCUUUCUCCCUGUUUUAUUAGCUAAUUUAAAUGAACACUCUUAUGUUCCAGUCUUAUAAAUAAAACGUAUAGCGCC